GGCGGCGCCAUCUCGUUGCUUGGCCGCCGGAGGGCAGCGGCAGCGGCAGCGACAGCGGGUAACAGCGGGGACGGAGGAUAGCGGACAGCGGACGGCUCCGCGGCCCGGUCCCGGUCCCGAUGGAGCGGCGGGCGGCGCUGGGCGAGCGGCUGCACCGGGUGAUCGGACCGCGGUUCCCGGACCUCGGCGUGAAGUUGACAGCCUCUCCCAGGGAUGUUGCUGGAGCUGCCAGUUCCUGUACUGGAUCAGAUGAUACAUGACGAGGAGUUGCUGUCUGCUGGACUCGAGAAAGCACUGAGCACACUUCAGAACUCCACAGAGAAAUGUGCGAGAGACAAAGUAUUUUGUUUGACUUCCAGUUUGUUUAAAACUGUGGAGGACGAUACGGAUUCUGAUUCUACGGAUUCGCUGGGCGAUCAGCUGUAUGACCUGGUGGAUAGUCACCGAACCGGGCACAGUGAGCAAAUAACAGGAAUGCUGCUGGAAUUGGGAAGCAAUGAAGUAAAGAAGCUGGUCAGUGACCUACAACUGUUGGAACAAAAGAUUCACAUUGCCCGGGAAGCACUGGAGCAGGCAUUGCCUCCCAAGACGUGUGUAUCUGAUUUGGACUGUGAUGAUGUGAAGGAGAGGCUUGGAGAGAAGAUUUUUGAACAGGUUGAAAAGAUUGACCCAAAGAACUGUGCAUGCAUCACUGGAAUGCUUUUGGAAUUGGAUCCGUCAGCUAUUCAGAAGUUGCUGACCGACAGCUUGGCGUUGAAAGGUGCUGUCGAAAGAGCUCAGGCUGCACUUCCACAGGCAGCCGCUCAGAGAUCCUCAGAUUCCGACCUGAAUAAUGAGGACGUAAGUGAUCUGGACAGUGAAACCGAAAAUCUAGGAGAGGAAUUGUACAGUUACAUCAACAGUACAAAAUACAGUCUGCACUCCAGCAAGCUAACAGGAAUGCUGCUCGAGAUGCCUCACAGCAGCUUAGUGGAACUGCUGAAAUCCCAGAAACAGCUGGAUGAGAAAAUCCAGCUUGCUGCUGCAGCACUGACAGACAGCUGACAGAAGUCCUGGCUUGAGUCUACAGGGGCAAGAGUCAUAUCACUAUUUAAUUUAGAAGUGUUAUGUUUGUACAGGCUAGCCAAAUAACUACAUUGGUGCCACACUACAGGGCAUUUGUCAACUGUCCAUGGUUGGGUUUGAACAAUGUCAUCAAUCAAUGUGUAUCUGUUAGUAUGUGACACUGCAUUACAGGUCAUAAUGUUAUAUGAGGAGAAUAACUGGUAACUUAAAAAAAAAAAACUACAAUAAUUUGCAGAUUGACAGACAAAUAAGGGACUUAUUCACUGAACCUAAUGGGCCAUCUUUUAUAAAAGAUAGACAGGUGCCUGUUGCUACAUAGAGCUUCAUAGUUUAAAAAAAACAUAUGGUCUUCAUAAUAUAUUGAGCUGGAAGGAAUUGCUUUUAAAAUUAUAGGAUUCCUCACUGAGGCCAAGUAUUGCCCAGGUGCCACUUAUUUAUGGUGAAACAAUCAGCAAUAGACCAAACUCAAACAACCUGGUUUCCAAAAGGAUCAAGGCAAUUGAAAAAGGCUUCCAAGUUUGAAUACUGACUGCACUGUGAGCUCAUGACUUGAAGGCUCAAAAUACAUGCUGCUUCAGUGUGACCAAGCCCCAGGAGAGCUGCUGGCUACAUCACUGGCUCUCUUACACACCUCCCCCUGUCACAAUAUCCAGUGAUUCUAGCUUCCCAGUCUGAAAGAUCCCAAUCUAAAAUGUCACCUGUCCAUGUUCUCCAGAGAUGUUGCCUCACCUGCUGUUACUCUAAUCCUUUUUCCCCACUACACAAGGUGAGGACGUGAAUAAGUGACUUGAUUCAAAGCUUUAAGUUUAAUAGCGUCUAAUUAAAUACACACUCUUUGUUCCUCACUACAUGGUCAGAUCAAUAAGCUAUGUAAAUCCUCAGUACUGUUUGUACAUAAUGUUCAGUUAGAGGUUGAGAAACACAACAGCUUAAUAGGGGACAAAUAUAACUAGGUUGCCAGUGUGAAUGUUUAGUAUUUUCACAACAAUCGGGUCCACUAUUCAAAUGUUUUAUUUAAUGAAAAACCAAGUUUGAUCUUAUUUCUGAAACUGAACGUCAAAGUAAUUCCUGAUUAGGAUCAAACUUUAUGGGCAGUUGUGCAAUAGUGAAUUAAACUUGAUCGUACUAUGCACAAUUAGCGGAGAAGCUGGUUUUCUUGCAAAUGUUCAUGUUGCAAUUAUUUUUGCAUUAAAACAUGUAGUGAAUGCUUAUUGAAAAUAAAUCAAACCAGUUAAA